AUGCAGCACUACAGCGGCUUCCUGCUGUUGUAUGAUGCGCCCCGCUGGUCACCGAUUCAAUUCACCCACUGGGGAUACUUCUAUGAUUUCAUGGAGAAGCGCCAGGGCUCCUCCAAGCUAGCGCCAUGGGUGAGCUUCGGCUAUGCCUCGAUGUACCCGGAGAUGAAGGAAGCUCUGAAGCAGCGAAACCUCCUCUCGGCCAAGGUUGAUGGGCCUGAUGGCAUGUCGCCCUUCUUCCCAGGUGGUGCCUUGAACAACAACGGCGCCUUUUGGCUACGCCAUGCGUCUGCAAACCUCCGAUGGCGGCUGCCGCCCUUGGGGCUCGAAGCCUUGCGCUUUCCCUGUGAGAAUCCAGGCUGCUUGUUGUGCCGCUUCACUGCGGAGCAAGAAGCCAAAGAAGACGUUUCAACUGUCGGGUGA